AUGGUCUGCUUAUAUAGCUUUAUUGAGGAGUUGGGAACCGAGGCUCGCCUUCCCAAUUCCGCCAUCUGGGAUCCGUUCUUCAGGCCGUUUGCUACUACAGAUUUAGCCGAAGACUUUAAACCGUUUGACCUGACAAAAAUUGAGGAGAACAGCACUGCGCACACGGGGUCUGCCAAAUCGUCGGAUGAAAUGUGGACCACCGGCCACAACACCCCAGUACACUGCGUGAAGCCAGGCAGUCCGUUACACAGUAGUUCAUCUACGGCCACUCCAAAGAGGAGAGCAAGUACGUUUGCUUUGUAACUGUCCCUAAAACGAACAAUCGAACAACCUAUUCUUCCGUUUUGUCUAUACCCAGGGCAAAAACGAAGCUGACAGAGUCACGGGGGUGACAGUUGACGAUCUAUCCUGCCUAUAGGAUGGAGCACAGGCGUCCCGUCUAGUCUUGGCGUAUUGGAUCUAGAGCCGGCACAGGAGGUCACAUAGUUAAUUAAGUUUCCAUGUACUUCAAUGCACUUCCGACACGUCAAGCGUCGUGGAUAGGGAGGUUGCUGGUUGACGCCUGCUCUCGGUUCACGCAGUUCGUCGCGUUGUGUGUGUGUGUGUGUGUGUGUGCCCUCUAAACGGGCCACGUGUUCGAUGCGCUGGACCAACACGGGGGCCACAUCGGACUCUGGCAGGCGUUAUCUUUGCGUAAUAACAAAUGCCAACAUUUGCGGGGCGCGCUGGCGGACCCUGCUGUCGGCAUUCGUCGCACAACUGGACCACUGCCUCCACCCCAUUGUUUUGUGGUCAAAAUCCUGGUCUUGGUGUGUGGACCAGGGGUGCGGAGUGGAGCGCCAAGGCGAAGACCCGUCCGAGCCAUCCACCUGCGGCCUCCCUCGUCUCCGGUCUUCUUGACUUGGUCUUGACACCGGGCCCAGGCGGGGGAGGAGGAGAGAGUGUAGGUAGAUGCAGCGCAAGUCUACCGGCACUAUAAACCCCUGCGCAAGUCACCGUCCCUGCUCCCACAAUGCAGUAUGUGGGGCACACGGUGGUCAUCGUCGAAACCGACGGACGAACUGUCGUGUGUGUGUGUGUUGCGUGGAGUGGCGGACUGGUUGGCUCGGACGAGCUGAAACAGCACCUUCCACGGCCCUCUCACGCAAGUGAGAGACAAGCCGCUCAACCCCCGUUGUGUGAAAUACUGGUGUUUGUGUGUGUAUGGGAGACCAGGUCGUGCUGUGGCGCGCGCAGUUAUGGUCAGUCGACCAUGACAGCCACCGCGCCCAUUUCCCACUCCAGUCUGCUGACCGGCUCGGACAGCGGCUGGGGUGUGGGAGUGGGAAGGGAGAGUGAGGUCGACGACUCAGCGCACUUUCUCCUCACUAUAAACAAUCUGACGCGCUUGAAGCCAUCACGGUGCGCUAAAAGCCGUGGCUUGGAAGGUUGCCAACUGACGGGGUAACAUGGACCUCCUCCUUGACUGCAGGCAGUCUGAGAGUCAGGCUGCAAUGGCUCCUUUUUAAUGUGGCCUUUAUGGCACUGCCACCACAGUGUGGGAUCCGAGCCAGGCGUCGGCGGCACGCCCAGGUGCGGCUUCGGUCGUGCCAACCUCCAGUCUCUGUUGUGCUGGUUAAAAUCCUGGUCAUUUGUUGUGUGGACCAGGGGGUGUGGUGGAACGCCAAGGUGAGGAUCCGUCCGAGCCAUCCACCUGCGGCCUCUCUCGUCUCCGGUCUUCUUGAUUCUGUCUUGACGCCGGGCUCAGGCGGGGGAAGAGGAGAGAGUGUAGGUAGAUGCAGCGCAAGUCUACUGGCAUUAUAAACCCCUGCGUAAGUCACCAUCCCUGCUCCCAUAAUGCUGUGGGGCAUACGGAGGACAUUAUCGAAAUCGAUGGUCGAACUGUCAUUGGGCGCUGCCUGUCUCCUUAGAACACAGGAAGAAAAACCAACAUGAACUUACCCAUUCCAGUUGCACAGUGAAUUUAUUCACUCUGGGUUUCUAUCUAACAAACGAUGCGCGAAUUGGGAGUUUGUUUGAAGAAAGUAACUAGAAGGCAUUCAGAGACGCUUGACUAUAUAUUUGGACUCCAUAGCUUACACGCAAUUGUACAGUACAGUCUUAGACCACUCUGGAUCACGAGACUCUGAAAUAGUCUCAAUUUCUUAUUUAAAUUCACACCUGACCGGGUAUGCUCGAAAUACGCUAACAAACCACAACGGUCCCCGGAACGUUGUAAAUAACGAUGAUGCCAUAAGACGAUGUCGUCCCUAUCCUGUCCAUUCAACAGCGGAUUUGCUCAUUUCUUCAACUUGACGGCUACCAUUCCCAACGGAUGCCUUUUCCUGGUCAAGGACACACUCCGAAAAUGCUGUAGUUUUGCCAGAAUUUUCGGAUAAACCUAGUGGGUUAGCGAACUCCUUCAGCCGCGACACCCCGGUCUGUAGGAUAUCGGGGUUUGAAAUCAUCAAGGCGCUGGCCUCAGCGUAGUAGAGGUCAGUCAGCAGGAGUCCGAGCACACAUGGGAUACUGUAAAUACCGUGUGGAACCCAUCUGGUAAUCCAGUCAGGACAGAGACUUACCAGAAUGCAGACCUACUAUCGGACGGUAGGGACAUAUUAUUAUGAACUCGAAUUCCUACAGUAGUUGAAGGAUAGUAGGCAUUGACCAUGGCGACGACUGUUUUCCUUGUCCGCCAUAGGUUCCUACUAUGGACGGAAUCUAACGCUGCUUCGGAGUCAACGAAGCAGACGGCCGUCGGUUACUGACUGUCAUGGCAGAAAUUAAGAAUGGACUAGAGUGUGAAUACCCGGUCAGUGCAUCCACACCUAGCUCAGAACUCGGUUUGGAUGGGUCUAGUUUGCGAGUCAUGCCAAUGAAAUUAUCGGACAAUAACACUGCAAAUAAUCACUGUCACAUCAACGACACUUAUGUUUCGACAGCCCUCAUACUUAGUCUGAUUUCCCUUCUUGAACAUGGGCCUCGUUUCCUUAAUAGACUGACUUAAAAUAUGUCCCCCGCAUCAUCGCCUGACCCAGAUACAUUUGCAGAUAUUUCGUUUUGCUGGUUGUUCUAUAUUCAACGUUAUUUGCCGUCAAUGUCAUUCUUGAUGGCCUUAUUUUCCUCCACGAACGCCUGGCACACUUUUCCUCCUUCCCUUCUGGUAUUUCUUCCGCUGUUCUGCCAUUCAGUAUUUCGCUUUUCCGUUAUUUGCCAUUUUUUAGGAAACAGAAAUACCGAAUAAUUCACUAUUCUAAGAUUUAAAGUCAUGAAUAAAUUUUCGGUGAGACAUGCUAAUGCUUUAAUUAGCGAGGCUGUUAUCUUUUUUCUCGUUGGUUGUUUGUUUCCAAAGAAUCAUCUGUAGAAUGUGUGCGGGUAGGUAUACAAACUGAGCCACUCGUAUUUUCAGUUGAAAAAUCAAGGAGGCGUUUCAGUUGUAAGUAACAAAAACGAAACGAAUGCUAAUUAAAUAACGCAGCGGACAAUGGCAGGGAUAAUACGACGACAAAAUAUGGGGGUUACAAUAAGUCAGACUAAAACACAUUAAGAAGGCAAAAGUGUAUCACAGUGGCGACACCGUGUCAAAGAAGAUUAAAGACCAAAUGAUGAAGAAGCAUCCAACAUUAAUAGUACAGCGGAAACAACUCUCGUGCUUUUAUAUAUUUUUAACGGUUCUACGGGGUUGUUCACCACUUUAGGAUGGGCGAAGCCCACUGAAGUAAAUGACUUCAACUAAAAACGUUAAAUAACGAAAGACAGACCACUGGAUUGUUAGUUUGACUUGGAAACCGGGAAAAAUGACACUUAGUGGGUCUUUUGUUUUAACGUACCACUGGCAGCUGCUCACUCUCGGGAGUGUGCGCUCGUGGCGUGUCGUCGGUUUCCGCGCGUGAGGUGUCACGGGGAUGAGUGAACGUUCGUCGACGUGUUUCAGGUGUGGGGAGGAGGGGCAUUUUGCGCGUGAAUGUCCCCAGGGUGGUCGCGGAGGCGGCCGUGGUCGAGGUGGCUACGGUGGUGGCUCCCGUGGUAAGAGUAAUAAGCCUCUCGAGUCGUUGCACCUAAGGCUUGGUAUGAGUUGCGUUGUUUCUUGGCGCGCCAGGUCUGGACCGUUCUGAUCUAGCAGCUUAGCUGCUGUUUUUGCGUUCCGGAUUUGGCUGCUACGAGCAUGGCCUUAAGCAGGUAAAAUGCUGGACAGGGGUUGUGUGCUCGACGUAGUUUUUCUCUACCUGAGCUAACGUUACUUCUUGUCCCCUAGGUGGCGGCUGCUACAACUGCGGUGAAGGGGGCCACAUCGCCCGUGAGUGUCCACGAGCCAGCGGUGGCUGCUACAACUGUGGCGAAGAGGGUCACAUCGCUCGUGAGUGCCCGCAGGCCGGCGGCCGCCGGGGUGGUGGAGACGGAAGAAGCGGAUACUCUUCUGGUGGUCGCGGCUGCUUUAAUUGCGGUGAGGAGGGUCACCUUGCUCGCGACUGCCCCCAAAGCGGCGGACGUGCCGGUUACCGUGGAGGGAGUGGGGACAACAGAACUUGCUACAGGUAAUUGACUCACUCCUAGCGUCUAAUGACAUUGUAGGUGCCAGGCCGUUGGCCAUAUUGCGAGCAAUUGCCCAGAUAACGUGUGUUACAAGUGCAAUGAACCUGGACACAUCGCUGCGAACUGUACAGCGUAAAUCCACCUAA